CGUAUUCGAUGAUUGGUUGACCAGACGAGACCGUAUCAAAAUGCGAAGGGGCACAUUCGCUCACUCACUCACUCACUCUGCGCUGCAUUCUUCUGGACAGAGAACGGAAAAUGGCGAGUUUGGAGGGCGAAACCGAAAUCUUUCCCUCCUCUCUUGAACUCCUCCAACGGCACCAGCCGGCGCGGCCCGACCCAAAUGAGCCGCCGCCCUUUUCUUCAUCUUCUCCCCCGGCUGUCGUCGGUACGGUCGCGGAACUUGCGCUCGCGGAGGGGAUUCGGAACGUAGCCUUGGAGGGGGCCGGGGACGAAGCGAGCGAGGAGAAAGAUGGGAAUUUGGACGAUCGGGGAGAGAAAUCGCACUACCCUUUUGGGAUUUACGCGGGGGAUUGCCAUUUUUAUCUCCGGAACGGGUGGUGCAAGUUCGGCAUGAAUUGCAGGUUCAGUCACCCUGUGAAGAGGACGGGCAUGGGCGAGUCCCAGGUCUUUCAGCGUUCGGGUUUCGUGGAGCAGCAAGAAAAAGGAGAGAUCUUGCAGCCUACUAAGCAGAUUGAGUGCAAGUAUUACUCGACUGCUGGAGGGUGCAAGUAUGGAGAAGCUUGCAGAUUUAGCCAUUCCAAAGAAAGAAUUGAAAUCUCAGGCGAACCACAACUUAAUUUCCUUGGCCUGCCAAUUAGAUUGGGAAAAGCAGAGUGCCCCUUCUACAUGCGGAAUGGCACGUGUCGGUAUGGACUUGAUUGCAGGUUUCACCAUCCUGAUCCAACAACGGUUGGGGACUUCAGUCCUGAUGAGACCUCGGCCAAUCUUGCACCAGUUGGAAGGGAACAGAAGUAUCCUAAGGAGAGUCCUAUGGGAAACCCUGAUCAUCUAAGAUAUAAUGGAAUUUUACAGGAAUAUUUAGCAUCCCGGUCUUUGAACGCAGCUUCUGGGACCCAGCCUUGCUGGGAGAAUGGACUGUCCCCUGUCCCUGGAACUUCUCUAAGUUCUCAAAAGGCUUUGGCUUAUCCACAAGAAAGGGCAGGGCACAGAAAUGGGCUGCAACCUCCGGAAGAAUACCCUCAACGACCCUUUCAACCCGAGUGUGCUUAUUUCAUGAAGACAGGUCAUUGCAAAUAUGGACAUGCUUGUAAAUUUCACCAUCCAAAGCACCGAGUUUCGACAGUACCCUCCUAUUUUCAAAUUGAUAAGGCACUCCCCGUGAGAUCUGAUAGGAGAACUUGCAGGAAUUAUACCCAGUUUGGGUUUUGUAAAUAUGGAAGCGCGUGCUUUUUCGAUCAUCCGGUUCCGGAAGAUUCUGGCUCCUCUUCUUUUGGAAUAGCUCCUCUUGGAGAUCCGCCUGCAUGGUCCUAACUGGCCUGGAUAUGGCAGUGACGUUGGUGCUUUAUCUGUGCAUUUUCCCGGGCAUCUGCAGUUUACUCUAGACCCUUGCCCCUUUUCUUUCAUGUACUUGUUUUAGACUUUGUUUGGGACCAAGUUCUGGCGAGCAGUGUUUACAUGGUAACCGGCUUUUCCCCGGUGAUUCGGAAGCGGAAGCAGGAGUUGGACAGAUCAUUCUUUUAGAUUCAAACGUUCCCUAUAAAAACUAAACCAGUUUUGGUGUUGUAUGAGCAUAUGAAUGGUUCCAUCACUAUUCUUGUUUUUUCCUGUUAGGAAUAUAAGUCGUGACUUCUUGAAUCUCGGAUCAUGGUACUGCAUUACUGUCAUAGCCACCAAAUAUGAUGUGAAGAAUGAGACUGUCUCAUUUACGUAGUACUUUUA